AUGGGAGGCCUGGCCUGCGGAGCUGCUGGGGAUUGGAUUUUGGGCUUCAUGAUCGGCAAUGGUAGCGGGGAUCCCCUCAAGGCAGAACUAUUGGCUCUACAUAGUGGGCUCUAUCUUAUAUGGGAGGCAAAUGUCAUUGGCUCGCUUACAGCCAUAAGUACAGAAGUUGAGUUCUCACGAAAUGGAGUGCCAACAAAAAUGAUACAAAUUGAAAUUACAUCUGGAGGCCCUCACACAAUAUGUGUUUUGUUUGGUGAAUAUGUUGAAGAAUUGAAUGCUUUCCUGCAAGCUGGAAAUAUUUCCAAUGUUGUUGUUGUGCUCUUACUUGCCAAACUCAGGACAUUUCAAGGAGAAAUUCAAUUGCAAAAUGCAUUCAAUUGCAGCAAACUACUGUUCAACCCGGAUCAUCCCGAUGUUGUUUGUCUGCAGAAAAGUCUUGCCGAGAACAAUGAAACGUCGAACCAGACGUUAAGCCAAAUAACAGAUCUGAGUCGUCCGUUAGUGGAAGAUGAGUUCUUAAAGCUGUAUCCAAGGACAACUAUCAGUGGUUUGGUCGACUGUAAAACAUAUUACCAGCGUACUAUAUUCAUUGUCCUUGGAAGUAUUGAAGAGAUUGUCAACCCUGAUGAUUGGAGCUACAAAGCUUGCAAGUGCAACAAAUCUGUUAAGCACAACGAAGGCAGAAUUCAUGAUUUUAAUUUUGAAGGUUUUGCUAUUAUUCAAAAAUCAGCUAAAGAUGUCGAGGCAAAUGUUGUUAAGGGGGGUGAUAAAUUGAGUAUUCCCCAAGAGAUUCGUGACAUAAUGCAUAAGCAAUUCCUCUUCAAGGUCGAGGCUAAGGAGGAUUUUGGAGGGGAAUAUAAACUGACUGCUGGGUUAAACUGCACUAAAGUAAUGUUCAAUCCUGACAUUCCACAAGCAGUGUCCUACAGAGAAAGGUACAAAUUGUUGCUUAAUGUUGCUGAUGAUACUGGAUCUGCAACGUUUACCGUUUUAUAUCGCGAAGGUUGUUAUCUGAUGAACAAAAAAGGCAACGAGAUAUUGGAAAAAAUGGAAAAGACCGGGAGCAUGGAACACCCCCCACAAGAAAUUGUAGAUUUAGUGCACAAGGAAUUUCUUUUCAAGGUUGAAGGGAAGGAUACAUGCGGAAGGUGGUUUAAUCCAGCAUUUAACGUCUUGAAAAUUUGCAAGGACCAACAAAUAAUUUCAAAAUUCGAAACAAAGACAAUCACUAAAAGUGUUAAACGAAACACACCUCCACCUAUACUUGAAGACUCCAACACACCUAUUAAGCAUCGUUCAGACGAAGGAUCCAUAACAGAAGUUGUUGGAAGUAACGAUGCAGAAAUGUUCAAAAAGAUCAAGUUUUCAAAGAAUUAG